CGGCUGAGUAGCGAGUACCCCGGCUUUGCCAGGAAAGGGAAAGCCUUGGGGCGUUCACUCGCCGUGCCCCCAGCCCGGGCCGCGAGCCCUCCGCGACAGCGCCGGGGCCAUGAGGGCUCUGCGCCGCGGACCACUCGUCGUUCCGGGGCCCCCACUAGGGCCGCUGCUCCUGCUCCUGGCCGCGCUGGCCCCGGGCCACGCCUCCCUGCGGCUCCUGGACCACCCGGCCCCAGUCUGCUCCCAGCCGGAGCUGAACUGCACAGUCAAGAAUAGUACCUGCCUGGAUGACAGCUGGAUCCACCCUCGAAACCUGACCCCUUCUUCCCCCAAAUAUGUCCAAGUCCAGCUGCACUUCGUACAUACCCAACAAGGAGACCUGUUUCCCGUGGUUUACAUCGAGUGGGCCCUGCAAACAGACGCCAGUGUCCUGUACCUCGAGGGAGCAGAGUUAUCCAUCCUCCAGAUGAACACCAAUGAACGAUUGUGUGUCAAGUUUGAGUUUCUGUCUAAACUGAGGCAUCACCACAGACGGUGGCGUUUUACCUUCAGCCACUUUGUGGUAGACCCUGACCAGGAAUAUGAGGUGACCGUUCACCACCUGCCCAAGCCCAUCCCUGAUGGGGACCCAAACCACCAGUCCAGAAACAUCCUCGUGCCUGGCUGUCAAGACUCCAGGAUGAAGGUCACCACCCCAUGUGUGAACGCAGGCAGCCUGUGGGAUCCCAACAUCACUGUGGAGGCCUUGGAAGCCCAGCAGCUGCGUGUGAGCUUCACCCUGUGGGAUGAGCCUGCGCAGUACCAGUUACUCCUGAGCAGCUUCCCGCACACGGGGGACCAAGUCUGCUUUGAGCACGUGAAGCACCUGCUCGCGCCCAGACAGGAGGAUUCCCACCAGCGAGCCAAUAUCACACUCACUGUACACAAGUCUAAUUGGUGCUGCCACCACCGAGUGCAGAUCCAACCCUUCUUUAACACCUGUCUCAACGACUGCCUCCGACACUCCGCGAUGCUUCACUGCCCAGCAGUCCCUGAGAAUCUAGGCUCCUUUGCAGACUCUGUGCCCCUGUGGGUGUUCGGCUUCAUCACAGGCAUCUCCAUCCUGCUGGUGGGCUCAGGCAUCCUGCUGACCCUCUGCAUGACUUGGCGGCUGACAGGGUCUCAUCAUGAAAAAGAUGGUACUGGCAGCAAAUGCACUGAUGUCCUGCCCACAGCUGACUUGACCCCCCCGGCCCUGAAGCCAAGGAAGGUCUGGAUUGUCUACUCUGCCGACCACCCCCUCUACGUGGACGUGGUCCUAAAGUUUGCCCAGUUCCUGCUCACUGUCUGUGGCACCGAAGUAGCCCUGGACCUGCUAGAGGAGAAGGUCAUCUCGGAGGUGGGGGUCAUGACCUGGGUGGGCCACCAGAAACAGGAAAUGGUGGAAAGUAAUUCCAAAAUCAUCGUCCUGUGCUCCCGAGGCACCCAGGCCAAGUGGCAAGCUAUCCUCGGCUGGGAGGAACCUACCAUCCAGCUGCGAUGUGACCGUGGGCAGCCCGCUGGGGACCUGUUCACAGCAGCCAUGAACAUGAUCCUACCAGACUUCAGAAAGCCAGCCUGCUUCGGUACCUACAUCAUCUGCUACUUCAGCGGCAUCAGCAGCGAGGGCGACAUCCCUGACCUCUUCAACAUCACUCCUAGGUACGCCCUCAUGGACAGAUUUGAGGAGGUGUACUUCCGGAUCCAGGACCUGGAGAUGUUUGAGCCUGGCCGCAUGCACCGUGUCGGGGAGCUCACUGGCGAAAACUACCUGCAGAGCCCUAGCGGUUGGCAGCUCAAGGAGGCCGUGCAGCGGUUCCAGGAGUGGCAGACCCAGUACCCCAACUGGUUUGAGCAGGAGAACCUGUGCUCAGCAGAGGACCAGGACCUUCCAUCCCUGGAUGAAGAGGUAUUCGAAGAAUUGCUGCUGCCACCAGGAAGGGGCAUCGUCAGGCAGAGGCCCCUGGAGCGGGAGCCAACCUCUGUGGGCGCCAGUGGCCUGGCAGUGGGCAUGCUCCUCCAAGAGGGAGGAGGAGGAGUGUGGAAACUGGAGCCUCAGCUGCCACCCCAGGGGGAGCCCUCGGCCCAGCCCCUGCAAACAACAGUGCUCCCUGUGGAAAAGGUCCCUUCGGCUUGGGCCAUGGAGCCCUUGCCUCUAGCUGAUGAGGGCAGCGUGGCCAGCCAGCUGCCUGUGAUGGAGGAAGGCGAGGACCACCCGCUGCUAGGGGGCAGUGGCGCUCAACAGAGCAGUGUCCUCUUCCUCCCCGAGGACUCAGAGGGUCCACUGCCUCACUCCAGCUCCCUGCAGGCAUCUCCCGAGCCUCUCCGGAAGGAGAUGAGGGAGCAGCUGGAAGGCUUGAUGCUGUCACUCCUCCAGCAAGACCCUUACACGCCCUCCGAGGAAGAGCAGCGGCAGUCAGUGCAGUCUGACCAGGGCUACAUCUCCAGGAGCUCCCCGCAGCCCCCUGAUGGACUCAGGGAGAUGGAGGAAGAGGAGGAGGAGGAGGACUUGGGGGAGUCGGCCACGCCGCUGUCUCCAGAGGACCUGGAAAGUCUGAGGAGCCUCCAACGACAGCUUUUCUUCCAAGAACUGCAGAAGAACGCUGGCUGGGACAGGAUGGGCUCAGAGAGGCCAGCAAUGCUUGAGCAGGCUCCCUGCUAGCAGCUGCUGGCUCCCCAGCAUCCAGAGAGGGGUGUGUGUACACAUGAGUAUGCACAUGUGUGUGUUUGCAGCUGUGUGUCUGCAUGUGCCUAUGUGCAUGAGUGAAGUGUGUGCUCGAAAUUAUAGCCAUCUUGACUCUCAUCCCUAGGUAUCCCCUUACUUUUCUUUAUGUGGCUGGUCAUCAUCCAUCUCUACAGGAAUCCACAGCCUACUCCCAGGAGCUAAUGACAGAGUGACCUUGAGUCUCUAUCAUCAUUCAUUCAUUCAUUUAUUCAGCAUUUAUUUUGGACCUACUAUGUGCCAGGCAUUGGGAUACAAGGAUAAAUUGUACAUGCCAUGGCUCUGGCCACCAAGGACCUUCAUACCUGGUGAGAAAAAUAUGCAGAUAAGGCACCUAGGCCGGGAGAGAUUCCUGAAGGAGGUGAUGUCUGCACUGGAGAGGAAGUGUGUUGCCUACUCACAGAGUUGUGUCUGGGGAAGGUGCAGACCCUGGGAAGGGAGCCCUGGGGUCUGUGCUGGGUGGUGAGUGGAGGUGGAGUGUGAGGGAGCUGCUGGGGCCUAGAGUGGAAGGAGGUGGCAAGGAGAGAAACGGGGAGGUAGCCAGAGCUCAGCCUCAUGGCCAAGCUUCUUAGGACGUCAGCCCAAAAGCCUGAGACUCCUUUCCUAUCAUGGGCUGUCAUCCAGCAGGGGAGGAGGCUGCGGGCCAGACACACCCCGCAGAGACAGGAUAGAAAUGUGUGAUGUGAAACCGCAGUCAGCAGGGAGAUGAGUGUGACAUCCUGAGCCCACAUUUUGGCAGUCAGUCAACAGGAGAGCUGCAGCAAAGGAUUCUUCAGGGGUGGGCUGUGGGGCUGCGGCCCCCCACUGUCCCAGGGCAGGUGAAGGGAGGGUGACAUCUACAGAGCCCACAGCAGGUCAAAGGGGGGUGAAGAGCAGGGAGACACCUGUGGGGAGAGGAGAGCGCGCCACUCUGUACUUCAAGGCCUGAUAGCAUUUAAGGAGGGACUCUGAGUCCUGCUGUUUGCAGUAAUUGUUCCUGAAGUGCAUUCUUGGGGUACACUGAAGGCUUCUGCCUGUCCAGGGGUCGAAGAGCACCCUGGGUGCCAACUGACCCUGGAAUCAAACGAUCUCCAUUCCCUGCUGGGUCCUUAACUAUACUUCAAGCGUCAGUGGAGAGCAGACGGUUCAAAAAUGUGGUCGGAAAACAUAAUGCGAGAGGGGCCUAAGUUGUGUGCCCAUGAGUGCACAUGUGCAUGUGCGUGUGUGUGUGUGUGUACACGUAUGAAAGAUUAUCAAUAAAAGGAUGCAUAACUCUGU